AUUCGGGGGAAUUACUGCUCUGCCGCCGACUAAGUUGCAUUCCUUGAAUCUUCGCAGAAAAGACAAUUCUUUAAUCAGAGUUAGUAAUGUGGACAGCACAAAACCGAGAGAGUUUGGGGCUUCUCUCUUUCCCUGUGAUGAUUGCCAUGGUCUGUUGUGCACACAGCGCCAAUGAGCCCAGCAACAUGUCAUACGUGAAAGAGACAGUGGACAGAUUGCUCAAAGGAUAUGACAUUCGCUUGCGGCCCGACUUUGGAGGGCCCCCCGUGGACGUCGGGAUGCGGAUCGAUGUCGCCAGCAUAGACAUGGUCUCCGAAGUGAACAUGGAUUAUACACUCACCAUGUAUUUCCAGCAGUCUUGGAAAGACAAAAGACUUUCUUAUUCUGGAAUCCCACUAAACCUCACACUAGACAACAGGGUAGCUGACCAACUCUGGGUACCAGACACCUACUUUCUGAAUGACAAGAAAUCAUUUGUGCAUGGGGUUACGGUGAAAAAUCGAAUGAUCCGACUGCAUCCUGAUGGAACAGUUCUCUAUGGACUCCGGAUCACAACCACGGCUGCUUGCAUGAUGGAUCUGCGAAGAUAUCCUCUGGAUGAGCAAAACUGCACCUUGGAGAUUGAAAGUUAUGGCUAUACCACUGAUGACAUUGAGUUUUACUGGAAUGGAGGAGAGGGAGCAGUAACAGGAGUUAAUAAAAUUGAGCUUCCCCAGUUUUCAAUUGUCGACUACAAGAUGGUGUCCAAGAAGGUGGAGUUCACAACAGGGGCAUAUCCACGACUGUCACUAAGUUUUCGUCUCAAGAGGAACAUUGGUUACUUCAUUUUGCAAACCUACAUGCCUUCCACACUGAUUACAAUUCUGUCCUGGGUGUCUUUUUGGAUCAACUACGAUGCAUCUGCGGCCAGAGUCGCACUAGGAAUCACCACAGUGCUGACAAUGACAACCAUCAGCACUCACCUCAGGGAGACCUUGCCAAAGAUCCCUUAUGUUAAAGCAAUUGAUAUUUAUCUAAUGGGUUGCUUCGUGUUUGUGUUCCUGGCUCUUCUGGAAUAUGCCUUUGUAAAUUACAUCUUCUUCGGGAAAGGCCCUCAGAAAAAGGGAGCUAGCAAACAAGACCAGAGCGCCAAUGAGAAGAACAAAUUGGAGAUGAAUAAAGUCCAGGUCGACGCCCACGGCAACAUUCUUCUCAGCACCUUGGAAAUCAGGAAUGAGACGACCGGCUCGGAAGUCCUCACCAGCGUGAGCGACCCCAAGGCCACCAUGUACUCGUACGACAGCGCCAGCAUCCAGUACCGGAAGCCCCUGAGCAGCCGCGAGGCAUACGGGCGCGCCCUGGACCGGCACGGCGUGCACAGCAAGGGCCGCAUCCGCAGGCGCGUCUCGCAGCUCAAAGUCAAAAUCCCCGACUUGACUGAUGUGAACUCCAUAGACAAGUGGUCCCGGAUGUUUUUCCCCAUCACCUUUUCUCUUUUUAACGUUGUUUAUUGGCUUUACUAUGUGCACUAAGGUCUGUCCUCGUGGCUCAAUUUAGACCACUUUCCUCUUCUCUUGUUUUUUAACCCCACAGGUCCGCAGCAGUGAUACUGCUGUGUUUUUUGAGGUAGGAGAUUCAGCCAUCCAAUUGGUUUUAGGUCUUGCAUAUCAAUUUUAUUACUGCACCAUGUUUACUUCAAAAAAGGAGAAAAAAACAAAAAAACUCUAUUUUUUUCCAGUCUACUGUGGUCCAGGUUAUCAGCUCUAUAAGAGCUCUAUUAAUUGCCAUGUUUACAAAGACAAACUAACAAACACGAAGACAGAAGUUAGACAGGUAGAUCUUUAGCAAUCUUUCCUAGUCUCCCUGGAUUUGACUGAUUUAUUUUUUAAAUGGAUAUGAAAAGAGGACCUAGCUCUCUGCCUGCACUGCUUCCUGGUAAACUGUAACAAUCUCAUGCUGCCAAAAACAAAAACAAAAACAAAAACACAAUUUCCAGGAUCUCAGAAGAAAAACAAAGCCAUUGACAAGUUACAGAUUUCCAGGAAGAGGAGAAAACAUAAAGGAACCUAGAAGAGGAAGGAAGACUCCUCUUCACCCUUACUUUCCCCCAAGUCCCUUGUAGAGGGGUCCUUGGCUCCCUGGGGAGAGGAGGGAGGGAUUGGCAAGCACAAAUCAAGACUAGGCAAAACGAGCUGGCCAUCUUCACCUCAACUUUUAGCUGGAUAUUCUGAAAUACUUCUCUUUCAGAUUUUCAGGCAAAAUUUAAAUUAGCAUUAGAAUCCAACCUGGUAGCCAUUGAGAACUUUUUUUUUCCUUGAAAAUGAGGAGUUUGUGGGGGCAAUGAACACUUUUCUAACUGACCAUUUCAACUGAGCAGCCCUGAAUUCAUUUCAUUAUCCUGGAAUCACCUGAUGCUCUGCCAUGAAGCCAUGCCACCACAUUUCACAUUCGUACUCCAGAGAGAGUGAGAGAAGGGGCCAGCGAGAGGUAAUGGUGGGCAAUUUCUGCUUGAGAAAAGCAUUGCCCUUUCCACAAGGAAGGCAAGAUUUAUGUGCUGUGAAAAGGGUGCCUGGGCAGUUACCUGAACUGCCAAAUCUUAAAUCAAAUAGUAUAUAUUUCUUAGCCUUCCAGGGAGCAGUAUCUAAUGGUGACAGGCUACUCAAACAGGCCUUAGGUAGCACUUGAUGGCUCUGCUCUCUGUGCUCUGCAUUCCAAAAUGGGAAACAGAAAUGAAUGCUUCAGGAAAUGCAUGGACACUCAUUUUGGUGUCAUUCUCCUCUGUGGGUAGAUUUACAUUUUAAAGAAAACCUUCAGAAUAGCAAAAUCACAGAUAACAACAACAACGACAAAAGCACUGGGCCUUCAAACACUGACACCACCCCCUAAAGUGGAAGCCCUGUCUAUACCAUUAAUCAAUUUCAUUAUUGCUCUGCCUUAUCUCUGCUCCUGUAUUACUGCUAGGCUUGGUUCUCAUAGAAAGGACAUCCCUCAGUAGCCCACCAACACAAUUCUAAACAAGUCAACCAACUAUAGUUGGAAUUUGUCCCCUUGUAUGUCAUUAAAACAUUAUUAUUAUUUUGACUUAACAGCAGCAAACAACAAAUCUAUGAAGUCUGUGUGAUCAUUUGCAAGGCUGAGUGAAAUCCUAAGGAGACUAACCAGUGAUGGGGCCUGAUCCAUGGAUGUGAAAUAAGGAUUGAGGUAAUGAUGAGGAUGGUUGCCUUGUCUGAUGAUCUGGCUUUCUCCCGAAGGCUGUGAUGAGGGCCGUGUUUGUAGUAGUAUCAGCUGCUGGAAAUUAUGGUCUUAAUUGUAAAGAUAAGGCUAAAUUCCCACUGAUAAGCCCAAGGGGAGAGAGUUAUGAAUACUCUUUUAGAUAGUGAGAGGAAAAGGGAACUCCACCUCAAAAUAAAUGAAUGAUUAUGGUUGAAGAGAACAUGCAUUUAGUAAGAAUAUCAAACCUCUGCUUUACUUGGAAAAAAAUGGU